CCGGCCUCUCCGUCCCGGCGACAGGGUCCCUUAACCAUCCCUGCAAGUAGUAGGCUCGGAAUUUGUAAUUAAGGCUGAUAACCCUACCCUGACUCUGUUGUGCCUCUGGCUGCAGCAGCCCUACAUAUAAUGUCCUUGUGGCUCUAGCAUGAGACUUCAAGCAGUUGGCUCACCACUAGAGAAAUAAAGGAUACUGCCAGAUUGACUCUCCUGCAAUGUCAGCCCCGAGCAAGAGGAUGACCAGUUCUUCACGCUCCCAACUCUUUCUAAUGUGGAAGCCAGACAAGGCUCAGAGUGGACCCAGCAAUGCAGAAAAAGAAAGCCUUGCUUCAAGACUCCUGCGUGACACUGAGACCUGUCGACAGAAUUUUAGGAAUUUUCCAUACCCAGACAUGGCUGGUCCUCGAAAAGCAUUGAAUCAACUCCGAGAGCUCUGCCUGAAGUGGCUGAGACCUGAGAUUCACUCAAAGGAACAAAUCCUGGACCUGCUGGUGCUGGAGCAAUUCCUGACAAUCCUGCCUGGGGAGGUUAGGACUUGGGUAAAGUCCCAGUACCCAGAGAGCAGCGAAGAAGUAGUGACCCUGGUGGAGGAUUUGACUAAGAUUCUAGAAGAUGAAGCUGCUCCUCCAAACUCUGCCUUUACCCAAGAGAUCCCAGAGGAAGAUCCCAAAGGAAGACAUGCUUUCCAGGCUGGGUGGCUAAAUGACUUGGUGACCAAAGAAUCAAUGACAUUCAGAGAUGUGGCUGUGGAUAUCACCCAGGAGGACUGGGAGCUAAUGCGUCCUGUACAGAAGGAAUUGUACAAGACUGUAACAUUACAAAACUAUUGGAACAUGGUUUCUCUAGGACUUACAGUGUACAGACCAACUGUGAUUCCUAUAUUGGAAGAACCAUGGAUGGUGAUGAAAGAAAUAUUAGAAGGCCCUACUCCAGUUAAUCUGUGGACUGAGACCUUGGCAGAUUAUGGAUAGCCUGUGUAGCCAUAAAUUCACCUGGUGGUUUUGGUAUCCAAUAAUGAAGAUUCUUGUCUGAAUCAGUUAUUUCAUCAAGAUUUGCAAAAUGUGGCGGCAAAAGUCUAGC